AGAAGAAGUACCUUGUCGCCCUUUAGUGACGAACGUAUCAGUGACCGUCAAGUGUUUGACAUGUUUAGAAGAGAACCAACGUGGAACAUCAAAUGAAUUUGGCUGCGUUGAUCCACAGUUUAAGAUGCUCCUUGUUGAACAUCGAGAGCAAGCUCCUGCAGGUGGCUGGGAUAGAACAACGGUUGGUUCCAGCCCUGGCAAUGAAUGGCUCCAGCCUGCUACCUUCUGUCGAAGAGCAGAGUGGAGCGGGAGCCCACGGCGUUCUGGACAGCAUCAUGUGGAUGGCAGCACCCAAAAAAAGACGCACCAUCGAGAUCAACCGAACAAGGAGGAGAGAUGAGACCAAACUUUGCAAAGUCAAGCUGAACAUCGAGCCUUGUCCAGAGUGCGGCCACCUAAAGCAGAAACAUACCAUGUGUGGCUUCUGUUACGCUAAAGUGUGCAGAGAGACAAGUCUGAUCCGUCGGCAAAUUCAAGAGAUGGAGGGCGGUCCUCUGGCCGCCCCGACUGUGGAGACCGUUGUCUUGUACGCUGACGAGAAACCAAGCGAGCUGGACCAAGGAAAGAGGGUAGUGGAGAGGCCGAGGAAACGGCCCGCCUGGUUCCCCCACUAAUGCUGCUGUAGUCUGACGCUACGUGCUGCACUACAAACCAUUUGAAUGCAGAUUUAGUCAUGUGCUCUGGUCUGUAAUUAUUGUGGCUUGAUUUGAGCAACAUUGUUUUGUGUCAUCUGUAUGUGCACAGCAACAACUUCAAUCUCUUUUGUUUGGUAAUAAAUCAUUACGUGGGAAAAUCAAA